GCACGGCCAGCGGAGACCAACGAGCUCGCCGAGGCGUCAAACCGCAUCGAACCCGAAGGAGAUUCUCCCCGCGCCGCGGCGAGCAGGAGGAGCAGGGAAGACACAGCCAGGCUCGCCUCGCCAGUCGCCAUGGGGAUCGGCUACGUGGUGGGCGUCCUCGGCGGCGCCAUCCUCGCCCACGCCGCCUACGCCACCAUCCAGUAUCGGGCGGUGCUGAAGAUCACGGAGGAAGAGUUCACUCGGCCACCCAUGGAUGUGAUGAUGGAGUUGCUCUUGGGAUUGGCCUUGUGUAUGUGGGCAGGUCUUGCUGUUCCAGCGAAGUUUCUCUCGGUGCUCCCACAUUCUGAGGAGAAUAGGAUUGUCUCCCUCCCGGCUAACCUGGAUUUCAUGAUCUUCAACCACCGAGGGAGAGCGCUGCCGUCCGACCCAGACCUAAAGCUGAAGAAGUAGACAUACCUUUUGAGAUUUAGUUUUUACUUGCCUCGUAACCUUUUUGAUCUGGAGGAGGUUCCAGUUUUUGUGUGUCCAUUUGUUUAGGGGGAAAGAACCUUCCCAGACCAUAAGUAACUUAUCUACGAAUGUAACUCUAGACUUUGUGGCACUGUGAUUUUUACAAUCUGUAUGGAGGUAAUACGGGAUCUGUUGCAGCCUGAGCUGAUUCUGUACUUCGUGAAUCUUCAUUCAUCAGCUAAUCAGUUGCCAGCAGCUCAUGGUAACUAUAAUACUAGAUGAGCUUUGUUACC